AUGGCAAAUGCAGGUGCAAGUAUCCAACUGCCUGAGGAUCCAGCGGAGGCCCAUGCGAAGUAUGUGAAGCUGAGGCAGUUGGUCCGCGAGACCUUCGAGGGUUUCCUGCGAAGCUUAAACUCACAGUCAUUACGGUGGCUUGAGCAACAGUUCGAACGUCAUGGCGGAAAUUUGGAUUCGGGGCAGUUCCUGCGGAUCUUCUCCAGGGUGUGUCCGCGCUUAGAGUCCCGUGCUUUUCCAAAGGAGGAGGAGCGAAGACUAGCUGUAAACAUGUCAGUUCUGAAGCUCUUCGAAGGCAUGGACGUGGACACUUCAGGUGAGACCUCGUGGAUGGAAUUUGUGGAGUUUAUAAGCGCUGUGGCUGAGGAACUUCGUUUGAAAGCGCAGGAAUUGCCGGGUACCCCGGGUGCCCGGGGUGGUGGUGGACCUGAACGCGGUUUCGGGGCUGACUCUAACAGUUAG